GCAGAGCUCCGUAGAGUGGCUUUGGGCGUGCGCGGGCGCCAUCGCGUCUGCUCCGGCGUUCCGGCCUCACUGGCAGUCUUCGAGGGCUUCCGGUUCCAGCGCGGUCUGGGUUCCCCGUCUUUACUCAGGAGCUCCUAGCUAUAAUGGCUUCUAUUGGUGAUACCGAGAUCUGUAAGAACCAGGAUGGAGGUUUGGAAAUAAAGAUGGAGGAAGAGUGUAAGUAUACCGCCAGACAGGAUUGGAGCCUGCAAAAGAACACUUACAACAGAGAAGUCUUCCGAAAGUUCUUCAGACAGUUUAGCUACCGGGAAACAUCUGGACCCCGCGAGGCUUUGGACCGACUCCGGGAACUUUGCCGUCAGUGGCUGAGACCUGAUACUCACACCAAGGAGCAGAUCCUGGAGCUGCUGGUGCUGGAGCAGUUCCUGACCAUCCUACCAGAGGAGCUGCAGGCCUGGGUGCAGGAGCAGAACCCCGAGAGUGCGGAGGAGGUGGUGACUGUGUUGGAGGAUUUAGAGAGAGAGCUUGAUGAGCUAGGAUACCGGGCCUCAGUGCAAACUGAAGAACAGAAAGUGUUUUUGCAGGAGACGAAGACUUUAGGAGCAGAGCCAGAACCCAGUGCAUCCCAUCAACUUCUGAAAGCCAGGCUGAAGUGUGAACCUGCAGAAUGGGAAGCCCCAGAGGAUAAAGUUUCAGGUGUUGAGACUGGAAAUGAGUCCAGGAAUACCACUCUAAAGCAAGACCUUUGUGAAGGAAUGGAAGCUGAACAGAAUACCUCCAGCGGAUUAGGAAAGGAUGCACUUCAGUGUGAGGAAGCCCGUGACCCUGGAGAGGAACCUUCUAGCGCUUCUAGUGAGGACAACCAGCCUCCGCCUAAUGAAAGUGGGACAGACUUGCCUGAGAACCUAGACCAUGUUAAAGACCAGAACGUCUGUCCGGGGCGGAAACUGUAUGGUUGUGAGGACUGUGGGAAAACGUAUAGUCAGCACUCACGCCUCCUCGAACACAAAAGCGUCCACACUGGAGACAAGCCCUACAGGUGUGAAGUAUGCGGGAAAACCUUCCGGUGGAAGACUGUGCUUAUUCGACAUAAGGUGGUGCACACCGGAGAGAAACCGUACAAGUGUAAUGAAUGUGGCCGGGCCUUUGGCCAGUGGUCAGUCCUUAACCAACAUCAGAGGCUUCACUCGGGAGAAAAGCACUACCACUGCAAUGAGUGUGGCAAAGCCUUUUGCCAGAAAGCAGGCCUCUUUCACCAUCUCAAGAGCCACAAAAGGAACAAACCUUACCAGUGUCUAAAGUGUAGUAAAAGUUUCAAUCGCCGGUCCACACUCACUCAGCACCAAGGAGUUCACACUGGUGCAAAACCCUAUGAGUGCAAUGAGUGUGGCAGAGCUUUUGUGUAUAACUCCUCUCUUGUUAGCCAUCAGGAAACGCACCACAAGGAGAAAGCCCUCGCUCAAAGGGGUCCUUCUCGGCGGCAGAGAAGCCGCACCAGGGAGAAGCCCUACACACGCGAUGCCUGUGGGAAAGGCUUUGUUCAGAAAUCAAGUCUUACAGAACGUGAGCAGAUUCAUGCUGGAGAGAGACCCUAUUAAUGUGCUGAGUGUGAGAAUGCCUUCCCGGGAAGCACCGGCUUUAUUCAAUAUCAGGGAAUCCACAGUGGGGAGAGGCCCCACAAGUGUGAGUGUGGCCAGACCUUCAGACAGAGGUCAGAUAUUAGUAAGCCCAGAGAAUUUAUGGUAGAAGUGGCCCCUCUGAGGGUAACACGUGUGGGGAAUUGUCCAGGCCGAGCUCAGCUCCUGCUCAUCAGCCUGUUCACAAAGGAGCAGGAACUCUUUCUGUGUGGUGACUGCAGGGCAGCCAUCUCCCAGCGUGCAGGAUGAUGAGAAAGACUAUUUGUAAUGCUUUGUAGCCGCACUUCAGCCCUUGGUACUGUAAGAAGACCAUAAAUAUUUGAUGGCAUCCACUGUGUACUGCUCAUUGUAUGGGACCAUGAAGGAAAGAAGUUUUAACACUAGAUUUCUUAAAGCCCAGCCUGGGAUGUGAAAAUCUGCCAUAGUUAGUUAAAAAGAAGGACAGUGGAUUGAUGCUCAGUGUGUUUUAGAAUUAAAAUAGGAGAAAGUAAGUAUCGUAAACUCUGAAGAACAGAUUAUUUGUACACUAGGUCAGGGAAGAGUUCCUGAAAGAUUUUAUUGAAAAUAAGGGUAUGAUGGAUUGACUUGGUAGUCAGAAGGAAGAAACACAUGUAGGUAAAACAGAGGUGAGCAGAAGCAAGAAUUUGGGUGGUUCGGAAGCAUCAGUGAUGAGACUAGCCAUCCUACUGGAGAGCUGAUUUAAGAGCUUAACCGAUGGGUAUCGGUUGGAAGUAGCUUGGGGACAGAGUAGGAGAGUUCCAGUGCUAGGAAUGCUAGCCAACACUUGGCAGUGCUUUGACACAGAACACUCUUCUCUUUAUCUCUAAAAUAGCUCUAAGUACAAGUUCAUUUUAGGAAUGAUGCUUGUCUAUCUCAGCACUGUGAUGCUGAGACAGGAGGAUUAGGAGUUCUGUGCUAUCUUUGGUUUCUUAGGAAAUUCAAGGCCAGACUGAACUACAUGAGACCUCAAGAAAAAGAAAAGAGGAUGCUAGGGGCUGGAAAGGUAGCUCAGCAGUUCUGAGCAUUUGUUGCUCUUGCAGAGAUUCGGAUCACCCACAUGGUGGCUCAAAACCACCCAUAACUCCAGUUUCAGGUUAGCUGGUGCCCUCUUCUGACCUCUGUGGAGUACAAGGCACACAGGUGGUGCAUUUGCAUACAUGCAGGCAAAACACUCCUCAUAGAAACCUAGUUCCUGGGACUGGCUUCUCAGCCUGUCUAUUAUGCCUGUGAAACUUCGACGUGGUUGGACAUCUGCCUCAUGUAUUUAAAAUGCUGUGUGCACUGAAUGAGGCCCUGGGUUCAAUCCCCAAAGCUUUGAAGGAGAUCAGACUCAAAAUAGAGUGGAAUGUGGCUAGGUAGAGCCAAAUUGGCAACAGUCAAAUGGAGGCCAUGACAGAUGGGAAGUGUGUAGUGGGGUGUCCCAGUUCAUGACACAGAGAGCGGAGAGUGCUGUGUGAUGGCCCCGAGGACAUCUUUUUGUAGUUAUGUAGCCCAGGGUGGUCUCAGGUUUUUGAUAGCCCUCCUACCUCAGCCUUCUAAGUGCUAGGAUUAUGACUCUGAGCUGUGAACCUGAUUCCCUCUGCAUCUUAAAGUAGAUUUUGAAAUGCACAGCAGGAAGCUGAGAGGAAUGGAAGAACAAAGUGGGUUCAAGGUGGAAGAAAUGCAGCCAGUAAUUCGACAGUCAAGUAGAAGUAGCUGUUCAGGUUGUCUGACUUCUUGUUUUAUAAUGAAUUCACUUUGAGACAUUUCAUGGUGAAACAGUGCACAAGUGGUUGGGUGGGGCUGAGUCUCUGCAGCCGUGGAAAGACAUAAUCGUAAACACAGGCUGAGUUUGGAUUCCAUUUGCUCAAAGUCACGCAGUGCACGGUCGGAUCAGGUUUGAACACAAGCAGCUGUGUUCCAGAUCAUAUACUUUUAAGUUCUUCCACAUGGUGCUUAUUUUAGUUGGAUAAACUUGCAUUGCAGUGGUCUUCAGGACCCUGCAUAAUUUUUUACAGACAGUUUCAGCUCCUUUUAGCCUAAGUAGAAAAGCCCAGACCCUCAUCCGAACACCUCAGUAUUCUGGUAUCAUUGUCUCUCCAUAGUAAAUCUUGUGCAAUUUGGCCAAUGUUCCAUAAACGUCAGCCCCAGUGGUAAUCAGGACAGGGAAGAUUUGCAGAAGACCCGUCUACCUCGAAAGUGAGCCCUUAUUUAAGUAAGGAUCAGCUUUCAUCCUAAAACCGUAAUUCAGACUCUGCCUUCCUAUCGAGACGGGGGAUAUCUGACUGUCUUCUCAGUACAAAUCCUAUUUAGGGAGAUAGCUCAAAUGGUGUCGACUCAGCACAUCUGUUGUUAACAAGGACUCUUAUACUGUAGCCCUGGCUGGGAAGGGAGCUGGUGGCAUAACUGUCACCCCAGCACUCAGGAGGCUGAGGCAUGAGGAUCUUUGAACUCAGUAGUGUAGGACUAGUCUGGACCACAGGUUUUGUCUCGUGGCAGGAAGAUAGAAAGUAUAUUCUAUAAAAUGGGCCUGGGAAGCAGCAGUUGUCGAGCGGCUUGCUUAAUCUUGGACUUGUUUUCUGGCACUGAAAAGAACGUUUUCAUUUGCUCCAGUUUUUCCUCUUAGAGGUCAGAAGGUGCUCUGCUAAUUCUAGAGGCCACAAAUCCUGGAGUAACAAUGUCUCCACCCUGGGAAUAACCACUUGCUGACUUUUACUUGAAUUUCUUUCUAGCUUCUAUCCCUAAUUGAAAGUUCUCAUACUGCAACCCCUCCAGAAACUUAUCUCACUAGCUUUUCAUAUUUCCUCCAAAUGUACUUCAGAAUGAUUGGUAAGGCAUCCUUGCACAUUUUUGUAGAUUUAUACUGUUUCUGUAUGUAUUGUAUAAACAGUUCAUAUUUGUGAAUUUUUAUUGUAGCACAAUUAAUCAAAACCCAGAGAGAGAUAUUGGGGUUCAACCUGAAGGUCGGAAAAGCAAAACAGCCAGCCACUAAUUCAUCUCUACCUCAGUACAAAAUGGUGAUCCUGCCUCCAGGAAUUCUCAAAAUGAGACUGACCAAGAGCUGUCUCCUCCCAUCUUAUAUACCUCUCUAGUGCUGGGAUUAAAGACAUGCACCAGUACCACCUACCUGGUUUCUAUGCCAAACUAGUGUGGCUACUGGGAUUAAAGGUGUGUGUCACCACUCCCUGCUCUGUAAGGCUGACCAGGGUGACUCUUCUACUCUCUGAUCUUCAAGCAAGCGUUAUUUAUUAAAAUACAAAUGAAAUAUCACUAUACCCCUCCCCUCGGGGUUCAGGGAAUCCCCUGGAAGAGGAGUCAGAAAGAGAGAGCCAGAGGGGAUGGAGGACACCAAGGAAACAAGACCUUGUAGACAACAGGGCUGUGCACAUAGGAACUCAGAAACUGUGGCAGCCUGCAUGGGGCUGCAUGGAUCUGCACCAGAUGGGUUCCUAGAGUUGAAAGGAGAACUGAACACGUCUCCAUCCGUAACCCAGAAGCUAGCUCCGAUUGAAAACCAUUUACAAAUAAAAAGUUAGUUUUUUCCAAGAGGGUUUCACUAGGGAAACACACUACUCUUAAGGGUAGGCUUUGUGUUCAGCAGUAGAUGACCAACAUGGAACAAAGUCAACGAUCAAGGACAUUUUUUGGUUUUGUUUUGUUUGUCUUCUUUACCUUGUAGGUCUUUCUCUCUCUCUCUCUCUCUCUCUCUAUAUAUAUAUAUAUAUAUAUAUAUAUAUAUAUAUAUAUAUAUAUCAUGUGAUUCCAAUUUUGAAUUUUUAUGGGAUUCCUGAGUGUGUGAACAUGUGUGUCUUCUGCAUCUCUUGUGUGUUUCUUAUGCUUUUUCUUUGGCUCUUUAUCUUGUUUGGUUAUAUUCCAAUUUGUUUUUUAUUUAUCUUAUUUUAUUAUUAUUCUCUAGAUGCUUGUUUUUGUUUUGUUUUUCAAUACAGGAUUUCUCUGUAUAGUCCUGGCUGUCCUGGAACUUGCUCUGUAAACCAGGUUGGUGCUGUGGGAUAAUGCUCUUGUACACUGUAAAGAUUUGUCACUUGUAUUGGUUUAAUAAAACACUGGUUGGCCAGUAGUCAGGCAGCAAGUAUAGGCGGGACAACCAGACUAGGAGAAUUCUGGAAAGAGGAAAGGCAGAGACAGAGUUGUCAACCAAAUGCAGAGGAAGCAAGAUGAAAAUGCCUUACUGAGAAAAGGUACCAAGCCAUGUACUAAACAUAGAUAAGAAUUAUGAGUUAAGUAAUAAAAACUAGUUAAUAAUAAGCCUGAGCUAAUAGGCCAAACAGUUUAUAAUUAAUACAAGCCUCUGUGUGUUUCUUUGGGACUGAACAGCUGCAGGGCUGGUCAGGACAGAAACUUCUGUCUACAGACUGGCCUUGAACUCAUGGAGAUCUGCCUCCAGAGUGCUGGGACUAAAUUUGUACACCACCACCACUGGCUAGAUGCUUGUUUUUUUAAGGAGACUAAGUGUGGUCUGGAUGGGAGAGGAGGUAAGAAGGAGCUAGAAGGGGAGGGGAACAUAAU